AAAAGCAAUUCAAAAUUUAAAAGGGUCCAAAAUGUUAAUGGAGGGGUAAAAACCUAAAAAGUGUGACUGCAUAGAGUAAACAGAACCAUGGUUGCCUAUGGGCUCGAGGCCCAGCUAAGAAAAGGAAAAGAAAGAGGAAAGGGGGGGGGGUGCCAGGAUAAGAAACAAGGGUGCUAAAACUCUUUGUUAGAGUUUUCAGAAGUGUUAAUGGGCUUAAGGCCCAACAAAAACGCAGCAGCAUGUGAAUGAAAGUUGGGGGUGUGAACGUGAGAAAAUGGGGUGCGAAUUAGAAAGGAGUUUUUUUCCUUGUGUUGCCUGACGCUGGCCCAGGGCCCUCUUUCUGCUUUCUAACCUAGAGUUCCUUAGGGGUUGUGCUUCCUGCAUCUCAUUUCAAUACUUUCACUCAAAGCCAAGAGACCCAGGGUCUCUUCUCCGAGCAAGCAAACCAGGUCUGCAUCCCCUGCGCGUGCCGCUGGCUCCUCGGACCAGCCACCAUGUCGGCCUUCCCGCUCCGACCAAGGCGUCGUCGGCGGCCAAACGUUGCCGGAGCUGCCGCCAGCCGUGACGCAAAAUCCCUCUUUUCCUUUCCUCACGCGAGAACAGGGGAGUGUCGUAUUUCUCUCCUUCAACUGACCACCACCGAGAUCCUCCGCCGUCGCGAGCCGCCGUCACAACAACCCUUCGUCGGACCACCACCGCGAGCAACCACCGUGUCUUCGGAAGCCAAUGCGGACUCCAGCCGCACAGCCACGACCAUCACCUCGGAAAGGAGGAAUCAGAGGAGCUUAAGUAGAUUUGAUUUGUUGGUUCUGUUUGGUACAGGGGAAAGAUGGUUUCCGAUUGAGGGUAGCUACAGCGCAUACUGCUGCCUAGAUGGAGGGGAAACUGUCGAUUGCUAGAUGCGCAAAAACCACUUCUAUUCUUUUUGUCUUUUGCAUAAGAGCUGAUACGAAAAUGUAUCAGUUUUUGCUUCUGUUUGCAUUUUGUUAUGUGUUUUCUGGGUGGAAGGAAAUGGACAUUGAAGUCACGUUGGGUGUAUUUUGAUUAACAGAUGAAGUCACAGAAGAAGCAAACGACUAUGUACUGAUCAAACAUCCCUCAUGCAUAUCCAGACAACAUUAUUCAUUCAUACCCAACAUCAUUCAUUCAUAUCUAGACUCAUAACAGAGGGCAUGCAUUCACAUAAGGCAAAACCAAGAGCUUAAACAAGGAAACUUACCUUCGCAGCUUCAAAAGAACUCUUCCUUUUGGGUUCUAGUUCCCUCUGUCUUCUUGACUGGAAUUUUCCUUUGCUUUCCAAUGGUCUUGCCGACGUAAGAAGGUUGAAUGGGAGGUUCAAGGAUGGCAACCAAAAUGAAGGCAAUUGGUUCCCUCUUAUCUCCGUGAGGUCUCUCUCCUAAGCCAUGAUGAUCUGUGUCAAAGGUGAGUCCUCAAUACUCUGUGGCUGUGAUGGUGAUUAUGGCCUCUGAGAUGGUGAAUACGACUGUGAUAAUGGGUAUUGGAGGUGGAUGAUUCACGCUGUUGGAGCCACCCUGGUUGGGUGUUGGAGGUUUUUUCUUUUUAUCUGUGAAUCGAGGAAGUUGCUUCCAAGUUCUCUGUUUCGUCCCUUUUUCUGCUAUGAGAUUUCUUCAAAGUCAAAGGCGUGUCUGUCCAAUGGUUGCUCCCUGCAACCCAGCCACCUUCUCUGCUCUCAUGUUCUCAUGGACAGAGACGAUCUUUCCGCUUUUGGUAGUAAGCCAAAGAUAGUGUAGGUCUGUCUCUAUUGCGUCCAUGGCCGAGCAAAAUAUUUGCACCCAAAAGGAGACAUCGUGCAAAAACGAGAAGAAUAGCAAAGUUGACCUUUGUGAUUUUACUUUUUCAUUUUUCAUUUUUUUUGUCAGCAGUACAGUGGAAAUAAUUAUAUAAAA